CUCUCUCUCUCUCUCUCUCUCUCUGACUGACUGCCUCUCUUCCUUCAUCUCCUUUCUCCCGGCGUUUCUUCCUCAGAGACGGAGGAACGGAAAACCCUUCCAGAGAAAAACCUCUGUUUCUGUUAUCGUUCGAUGAGAGAGUAGCGACAGGACAUCUGGAUCUCUUGCCUUCUCUGGCAACCCUUUUCUUUCCCAGAUCUUUCUCUCGCCAAAGAAAAAAACCCUUUUCAACGAGUUCCGCAUCUUUGUCUACGGUUUUCAACUUCUGGGCUAUUGUUUGCAUGUCGGAUUUUGAGGGUUUCCUCUGAUUCUAUCGUUACAGGACGGGACGGAAGAGGAGAACUUCAUGGGCGAUUUCGUAAGCUGCAAAGUUUGAGACUUUAGAUCAGUUUUGGAAGUUUUGUUUGCUAUUCCUUUCUGGGUUUUGGUUUCUUUUUUUGUUUCUGGUAUCUUUUGGUUGUGUCCUCGGGGUUCACACGGAGUGGUGUGUGUUGUGUCUGAUGGGGAGUAGUGAUGAACCAAACAUCAAGGCCUUUGAUGCGUCGGUCGGGGGGUUAGUUUGGGUCCGCCGUCGGAACGGGUCGUGGUGGCCGGGUCGGAUCAUGGGUUUUGACGAAGUUCCUGAGAGUUCUUUGGUUUCCCCUAAAGCAGGCACUCCAAUAAAGCUCCUAGGUCGUGAUGAUGCAAGCGUGGAUUGGUAUAACCUUGAGAAGUCCAAGAGGGUGAAGGCUUUUCGUUGUGGUGAGUAUGAUGCUUGCAUUGAGAAGGCGAAGGCUGCUGCCGCCAGCUCCGGGAAGAAGGCUGUCAAGUAUGCUCGUCGAGAAGAUGCCAUCAUCCAUGCCCUCGAGAUCGAGGAUGCACACCUCGCCAAAGAUCAUCACGAGCUCGAAAUAGUCAAUUCUCCCAUUGAGAAGAUUAGUUCAUCUGGGGAGGUUUCAAAAAGGGUUCAUUGUAAGAAAGAUAAUGAGGAAACAAUCGAUGUAGGAGAUGCUAAAGAUGGGUCGGAUUCAGGACAUUUGCUGUUGGAAUCCAAUCAUGAUGGAGUUUCUAGGGGACGACCAGUGUCAGAAAAGAGAAGAAGAACCCCUAAUGACUCGGAAGAUGAUGGAACUGAAGGGAUCAAGCGUAUGAGAGGGCUUGAGGAUCUUGGAAUGGGCAUAGGGUCCAAAGGGAGAGGACAGGCCAAUGCACUGCUUGAGCAUAUCAGACAUGAAAACGGUUUGCAGUGUGAUGUAACCCUCAAUGAUGCUUUGUCUAAUGGGACUCUUGUCAAUGGUGACAGGGUAUGCUCCCCUUCACCGAAGAGAAAAAGGUCUCAAAUUAUAAAUUCCAACGAGCAUUCUAAGAGGAAAAAUCGGCGCCGCCCAUUGACAAAGGUGUUAGAGAAUACAGCUAUGGUGUCUGUCCCAGUUACCUGUGAUCAACUUGUCAGUUCUGAUUGCUCACCUCUUACAGGGUUUUCUGACAGUGAACUGUCUGGAAAGGUGCCUAUUGAAUCGGUGAAAAGUUUAUCCCCCGUGAUCAACAAUAAUUCAGAUAGCACUGUGGUCUCAUGUGAGAAUGACGGCUCGUUAAAUGCUUCAGAGAACGUUUUUGAAGCCUCUCAUAACAAAGUAAAAGAUAGUGAAAUCUCUAGCAUAUCAGAUUUGGCGGUGAAUGGCUCUUCCGACAGAUUAUUUGAUGUUCCACUUAUCGGAGAGGAGAAACAGUCUGCAGGUUUUUCUUCGGUUUUUGGUUCUUGCCUGCCCGGUAUUGAGAAGAGCAGUUCCGAGUGGCAGUUAAAAGGGAAGAGGAAUUCAAGACAGAUGAGUAGAAAACAAGAACCAAGAAGAAAAGAAGACACUGAUGAAACAAAAGAUUCUCUGCCUCAAUGUUCUGUCUCUGGUCAGGAAGGGCAACCCCGUUUCAAUUUCAACACGCGUUAUAGGACUCGGGAUCAAACGGGAAGAGAUUCUGCUCUGUACUAUGAAGUAAAGAUCGAGGUAAAAGCCAACUAUAAGCCCCGGAAUGUUCCUAUGGUUUCUCUUAGGAGUAAACUGAAUGGUAAAGCCAUCGUUGGGAACCCUCUAGCUGUUGAAGUGUUGGGAGAUGGCUCCAGUAGUAAUAUUAGGGCCUUUGAUGACGUUCCCAUGGUGGAUGAUGCUGUGAUGGGUCAGCUGGUGAAGCCUAAAUCAUCAUCAUCCAAAAGGAAAUCGGUGAAGAAGAAGAAGAAGAAGAAGAAACCACAUAUUCCUACACGUAAAUCGUCAUCAAAGUCGAAGAAGACGUCAUCACUGUCUAAAAAGACAAGAAGGCUCUCAGCACUGACUGGGCAUAAACCGGGGGAAAGAGGAAAGAAGGUAAUGGCAGAGAAGCCGAAGGAGCAAGUAGUGGCAUGUAUUCCAUUGAAGGUAGUUUUCAGUAGGAUCAAUGAAGCAGUGAAGGGUUCGACGAGGCAAUUGCACCAUCGGCCAUUGCCCUCCAUAGCCAACACCUCCUCGUGAGAAAGCCCGUCCUAACGUUUUUUUCCGUUCUUUCUUCGUUUUUUUUUUCUUUGGCCACGAUUGGGAAGCAUAAGGAGGGAUGGAAUGUGGGUUUUUUGGUGUACAAUACGCUGAGAAUGUUACAGCUUUUGUAGAGAAAGGAAGGGAGAGAGAGAGAGAGAGACGCAUUGUAAUGUAAAUAUAGUAGCAGUAGCAGUAGAAGAGGUGUAAAAUUUGCAAGAAGUUUCAGAUUAUGGCACUGUUGCUCCUCUCUU